AUGACUAAAUUGCGAAUUGCUGUACAAGGGUGCUGUCAUGGUCAGCUAAACCAAAUUUAUAAAGAAGUGUCACGAAUCCAUGCGAAGACUCCCAUCGAUCUAUUAAUUAUUCUUGGAGAUUUUCAAAGUAUUCGUGAUGGUCAGGAUUUUAAGUCAAUAGCCAUACCACCAAAAUAUCAAAGACUCGGUGAUUUCAUAUCAUACUACAAUAAUGAGAUUGAAGCCCCAGUCCCUACUAUUUUUAUUGGCGGUAAUCAUGAAUCGAUGAGACAUUUAAUGCUUCUGCCACAUGGUGGUUAUGUAGCAAAGAACAUUUUUUAUAUGGGAUACUCUAACGUUAUAUGGUUUAAAGGCAUAAGGAUAGGUUCAUUGAGCGGGAUAUGGAAAGAGUGGGAUUUCAAUAAGCAACGACCAGAUUGGAAUGACCUAGAAAAUAACAAUUGGAAAGCUAACAUAAGAAAUCUGUAUCAUGUAAGAAUUUCUGAUAUUGCUCCUCUUUUUAUGAUCAAGCAUCGUAUUGAUAUUAUGCUGAGCCACGAUUGGCCCAAUGGAGUCGUUUAUCAUGGCGAUACUAAGCACUUGUUGAAGCUUAAGCCUUUUUUUGAGCAAGAUAUUAAAGAGGGAAAACUAGGCAGCCCAGUGACCUGGCAACUACUAAGAGAUUUGCGGCCUCAAUGGUGGUUGAGCGCCCAUUUGCAUGUCAGGUUCAUGGCCUCCAUUAAGCAUAAUAAAAGAAGCCACGAACCGCCUAAUAAGUCAACUUCAAAGACAAAAAAAAACAAUAAUGAAAUAGAUUUGGAUUUAUCCAGUGACGAGGACGAAAGGUCUGGUAUUAUGAAUUGCCAAGAAGAGAAUGAGUAUGAUUCCAAAUACGGCGAGACACGGUUCUUGGCGUUGGACAAGUGCCUGCCAAGAAGACGUUGGUUAGAAAUUCUGGAAAUAGAACCGGAUACAUCGCAUGCUUCGUGGAAGGACGAGAAUCACCGUAUGUUCUGGGAUCCUGAAUUUAUCAAUAAUUUGGUAAUUUGUCAAAAAAAUAAGAAUCUCCUAAGCAAUAAACCGUUUAAUAGCGUCAAUUGGAUAGAACUGUCUCAAUCUAAUAGAGAGGAAGGAAGGGAUAUUGAUUGGGAAAAUUAUGCCAUUCCUGCAUACACCUUAGAUAUUCAGAAAGAUGAAGUACGACAAACUAAAGCAUUUAUCUCUAAAUUCAUGACUUGA